AUGUUUAAAGAAGUCAAACCCGACGUAAAAGCUUUUGUUGAGAAACAAAAGAGGGAAAGAGAGCAACGUAAGACUGAUAGAGAUAGACAAAAUGCUACGCUUCGAAUACAGCCGGCUAAUGAAUCUGACUCCACUAUGUUAAAUCUCCUACUUUCUUUUGUUCUUACAAUGACCAAUUGUAAUAAAUGGAAAAUUUUAAAGGAUGAAAAGCUGAAACCGGGAUUAAAGACAAUCACUGAUUCUUUAACUCGAUAUAUUGUUUCCCAAGGCCUCUAUCCUGCUCUUAAGCAACUUCUACUGAAAGGAUUGGCCUUGCAUAUUCCGGUGCUCACUCAGCUCUCUUUAACUGCAAUAUUCUCCCUGGUCUUACGGCCGAUGAUUUUAAAUGAUUUCUCCUCCGAGAGCAUCUCGCUCUUUGUCAUUCACAUUCUCUCUGUACCCGGUUUUGUUCUUCACAUAAAUUCUCUUGCCAAUGAAACUUAUGAUGUUAUUGUUCAAGAAAGGUUGUGUUCUCGGGUUAUCACCUUCCUCUAUGAAAAGCUGCCAGAUCCGUCGCUUUUAAGCAGCUUUGAUGGAUCCUACAUUCUAUGUCUAAUUGCUAAUUUGAUUCAACUUAGCUUACUUGAGGUUGAAGUUCUUGUCGAUCUUUGUGAAAAAUUUUGUAUUGUUCUCUCGAAACUCCUCGAUGUGCUGGGUGGUUAUGUCGGUCAGAAAAAGUCCAAUCUCACUUGCUGGCAUCCAAUUCUUGGAUGGUUCUCAAAACCUCUUGAUAACUUUCUUCAAACAUCUGAACCCCACGUUCGCAAUCAGCUGCGUCUCCUAUGGCACGGCAGAAUGGUUCGUCUUCUUUUUGCCGAUCUGUACCAACAGGAGGGUCUGGACAGCAGCGAUCCAAAUUCUCUCACUCCUUCCACAUCCCAAUCAAAAACUCCCCGCUUCCGACUCACUGAGCAAACUGAUAGUGAGAGACGUGCUGUGGAAGGUCUUUUACCCGUCAAUCCACCCAGUUUUGUCUCUAGACACAAUGGUCGAGGUUUCUCUGAUCGAUUCGGCCUAUCGGCUUUCCUGAGGCAACUCAAAGGGCGGACACCUUCUAAAAGAGAUGAGAAGACUAAGUACGCCCAUCAUUGGCCUCGGGAUAAUGGUUCAGUGAAACUGGAGCAAUUGCCCAACAGUAUCAAGGCGGUGUGCAUGCUCUACUGCUUUACUAUUGGAUCAUUGAAGGAAAUUCGCAAUGACAUUCUAGCGGGUUUGACAUUGGGUGACUUUUUGCCCCGAAUGUGGCGCCUCAUCAAUUGUGCUGGCUCCGUCAAGGAUUGGGCGGUGCUACUUACCCUACCAAGGGCUGGAUGGCAACUUGAACCACAUUCCUCUCAUCUCCUUCAUCUUUUCGCUUCUGCAACUUCAAACCUUCUAAUGUGA